AUGGGGAACAUGGAUGGGAAAAGCGUGGAGGAGCUGAGCACCACCGAGUGCCACCAGUGGUACAAGAAGUUCAUGACAGAAUGUCCUUCUGGCCAGCUCACCCUGUACGAGUUCAAACAGUUUUUUGGCUUGAAAAACCUGAGUCCAGCAGCAAACAGCUACGUUGAGCAAAUGUUUGAGACGUUUGACUUCAAUAAGGAUGGUUACAUGGACUUCAUGGAGUACGUGGCAGCUCUGAGCCUGGUGCUGAAAGGGAAGGUGGAUCAGAAGCUGAAAUGGUAUUUCAAGCUCUAUGAUGUGGAUGGGAACGGCUGCAUCGACCGAGGAGAACUGCUGAACAUCAUCAAGGCCAUCCGAGCCAUCAACCGAUGCAACGAGACCAUGACAGCUGAGGAGUUCACCAACAUGGUGUUUGACAAGAUUGACAUCAAUGGAGAUGGUGAGCUCUCCCUGGAAGAGUUCAUGGAUGGGGUGCAGAAGGACCAGGAGCUGCUCGACAUCCUCACCCGCAGCCUGGACCUGACCCACAUCGUGCGCCUGAUCCAGAACGAUGGGAAGAACACGGAGCAGACAGCAGGGGCUGCCCAAUAGGGUCCCCAGACACCUUCCCAACACCUCUAUUUUGGUUUUUUUCCCCCCUCAUCACAUUAUUAAAACAAAACGUGGUCGUGAGAACUGGCGAGCUGCCCCAGCACCAGCACCAGACUAUCCCACCAGGACAGGGAUCAGGAUCUGCUCUCCCCUGGAAGAUGCUCAGAGGAGUGGGCACUACCCUGCCCAGCACAGCCCACCAGCAAGAGGGAAGGAUGAAGGAUGGAGGAUGAGGGAUGAAGGAUGGAGGAUAAAGAGUGAAAGAUGCUGCCACCCCCAGGACACUGUGGGUCCUCGAGAUGGUGCUGCUGAGCAGAGAGGGGGCAGAUUCUCACCCCCCAGGACUGGGGAGCUGCACCAUGCCAUUGGGGAGGGGGAGGGUGUCAAUACCACACCAAGAAAGCCUCUAAAUCCCUCCCCAGGCCAUGGCCAUCACCAGUGGCUGCAGCUCAGUGGGGGCUGGAGCCCAGCACAUGGCCCCACAGGUACCCCAAGGACACAAGAGGGAAACCUGAACCUUUUCUUUCCACGUCUGUCUUCAGAGCAUGAGAUCAGCUUGGGUCCCUUGCUCUUUGAUUUGUUAAUAUUCUGGUAGCAAACAUUAGAGGUAGUGUAGGGUAAAACCACCUCUGAGCUUGGCAAAGGAGCCUGGUGGGGCAGUGAAUGUAGUGGCUGUUCUUGGUUUA